AUGUGGAGGGCAUUUCAUGCCUUGUGUUCCAGUCGUGAUUUUGUUGUGGAAUGCGAGCAUUUCCUUUAUCCUGCUCUUCUACAGGAUGCUACCUGCAGGCUUUUCAAUCAAUCUUUUGUGACCAGAUUGUUUGAAAAUAUUAUUUUGUUCAAAACCACAGUUGUCCCAACUACUGUCGCUGGUAGUCAAUCUGAAGAGAUAGAGAUGACGGUUGUGGAGGAGAACAUUUUAAGAUAUGCUGCGGGUUUUGUUCCUUUCUCUCUGAAAAAACAGAGUUCAAAGAGACAGACCAGGACUGAUGAGUUCAGGCAAAAAAUUAAAUGUUUAAGUGCACUUGGUGUUGAUGGCGAAUUGGAAAAAUCCCAAACGUUCUUGGAGUAUACCAGAAGUUGGAUAGAGAAACAAAAUCAGGAGGGGUUGUUUCAAUUGAACGAUGCUAGGUAUCUGUUCUUUAGAGAAGUGGAGCGUCACUGUAGAAAGUUCCUCCAGCAAACAUGCGUGCCUAACAAUGGUUCUUAAGACAUCCGGGAACUUGUUUUGAAGGAUAUUUACAACGACAACUUUGCUUUACAACAUUGGACACAUCUGUAUCCCUUCAAGUCCUACAAAUGUGUGUCAAGUUGUGGGUGAACAUCAGAGGGCAUGCGUUCGCAGCCAACUGGGUUGAAAAAUUUAAACAGUCGCAAUGUGCUGGAAAAAAGAAAGCACUAAGGAAGGAUCUGAAAGAUUUGACAUUAUAA